AUGCCUCAAAGCGGUCAGAAUUUACAUAGUCGGACAUACCUGGGCCUAAUUCACCAUGUACGUUCCUCCUCCAUCCGUGGUCGUCCCGUCCGAUCCAUCAACUCGAUCCUACCCUACUUUGACGCAUCAGUCGCUUGCUUACAGCUCAUCUCCAUGUUAAUUUGGACUUCUCACCAGCUUCUGGAACUCUUUCGGAUAACCUUUCCCUCCGAGCGUGCCAAAGACAAGCAAACAUCUUCCGGUAUAGCUUUGAGCGACUCCAAGUCGACACCAGCACCCGAGUUUCAAUGCGUCCUUGCCUCCUUUGACUGCGUCUAUACCACAUCAGACACACCUGCUCAGGCGGCAGAGCCGAUGAUGUGCCACUCCACAGCAGUCAUGGAGAGCAGGCGCGGGAUCGCUGUGGCAGCUCUUGAACUAGCCUAUUUCGCUCGCCCUCGCAUCUGGCAAGAAGACAAAGUUCCUUGUGAAUGGUAUCACGACCAUCUCAUAUCUCGUCUACUUUGUCCAGUCGUCAUAGACGCUUGCAUGUGCUGCUCCGCCCUUCAUUUCUCAAGUCUAAGCUCUCUCCCUCUAUCGCGCAACGUUCUUGCUCUCUCGAUAACACCCUCUCUCCGCCAGUUCAAGCAAAAGAAGGCAAAGCGAAAGAAGGCAAUCAACCUAGGACUCCUCCUACACAUAGUCAGCCUCGGACUUUGUAGCGGCCUACAGCAUCUUUCAGCAUUCUUCAGCAAGGACGACACAAAUCUGAAGGCUGCUGAAAAAUCUAUAAAACUCCCCGAAAGUCAGCAUUCGACAGCAAGCAUUCGUUGUCAAUGCUUUGAGGGAGCUAACGACAUGCUCAAAAGGCAUGCGCUUUUACGAAGACAGUGCGAGGUGCUGAACACCAGAUGUCCGGAAGGAGGUUCAGAUAGACCGAUUCCUAAGGCGCGAAACCUAAGCGCAGAAUCGCGAGCAACGGAAAGUCGCACGCUCAUAUCGAUUCGUCGACCGAUCGGCUUCUCCUAUGCGUUGCGAGGACGUUUAAAAAUUCUGAGCCCACGCCAAGACCGCGCUCAACCUUGCAUUCAUACAUGCAUGCUAAGAAAUUCGAUAAUGAGCCUGGACGGCGGUUUCACUACCCCAAUAUGUAAGAACAGCGAGCCUCAGACGUCGACUUCAAUACCCGCUUAA